AUGCCACCUACCACACACCUUCGAGCCCCCCCCGAUGAUCCAGCUACGGAAUGGAUCAUUCAAAAAUACGGUGGAACCUCUGUCGGAAAAUUCCUCGACACCAUCGCACAACAGAUCGUCCCCUCCUAUCUCGCCGGCAACAAAGUAGCCAUCGUCUGUUCCGCUCGUUCCGGUCAAACAAAAGCACUCGGAACUACAAACCUUCUUCUCCAAGCUGCGAGCGAGGCUCUCGAUCAAGCUUCCACCCCCGCAACCUCCUUGACCAACUCGGUCGCAUCAUUGGCAAAUGGUACACAAACACCAAUCCAUCAUCCAACAAGCGCCUUCUCCCGCAAAUCAAGCUCAAAAGGGACACCCCUCGGUCGCGUCGAACCUCUAAGCAGCAAUGUGUUGGAUAGCAAACUCGAACAGCUUCAACUCAACCCGUCUACCUCAGCAGCUAUCAAGAGUGUCGAAAGCGAUGCCGGCUCGGAUGAGGAUCCAGAGCUAGCUAGUGGCUUUAAUGCUACCGUAGACCGAAUCCUCUCCGACCACCUAGCUUCAGCCAGCAAGGCAGUGACAAAGGAUAAACAACUUCUAGCACAGAUCCAGGCCGAGAUUGUUCAAGAUUGCGAUCGACUCCGUGACUUUCUUCUUGCCGCACGCAUCAUCGAGGAAAUCUCGCCAAAGUCGAAAGAUAUCAUCAUUGGUCUCGGUGAACGGCUUUCCUGUCGCAUCGCAGUGGGCGCUUUACGCGAUGCUGGCAUUGCAGCAGAACUUGUUACUCUCGAAUCUGUUGUAGACUCCUCAUUCUCUGCUCAUGCCGUGCAAGAUGCGCAAGGCGAGUUUACACUGGAUCAAGCAUUCUACGACCAGCUAUCCGAAGCCUUAGGGCAGAGGUUGAAGGCCUGUCGAGCAGUUCCUGUGGUAACUGGCUACUUCGGAAAUGUACCUGGCUCCUUGCUUUCUCAGAUCGGAAGAGGAUAUACGGAUCUUUGUGCUGCACUGUGCGCAGUCGGUGUUGGAGCGAAAGAGUUACAGAUUUGGAAAGAAGUCGAUGGAGUUUUCACUGCUGAUCCUCGCAAAGUUCCCACCGCACGUCUCAUCCCAGCAAUCACCCCCGAAGAGGCAGCCGAGCUCACAUACUACGGAAGCGAAGUCAUCCACCCAUUCACGAUGGAACAAGCUAUCAAGAAAGCUAUUCCUAUCCGCAUCAAAAAUGUCGAGAACCCAACUGGCCAAGGAACAGUUAUCUUUCCUGACGUUCCAGCAGGUCACGACUCUACAGAAGACAAGUUAGUCGAUGGCCACGUCGAUCAACCUCAACCAGCCCUCACACCCUCCGCCUCCAAAUCCUCCUUCUCAGCCUGGGGCUCUUCCUCCACCCCCCUCAACCCGCCUCGCGCGCCCAUCAUGGGUUCCGAACGAAAACUCCCCACAGCAGUAACCAUCAAAGACAACGUUCUAGUUCUCAACGUCCAUUCCAACCGCAAAACCGUCUCCCACGGCUUUUUCGCAAAGAUCUUCGGCACUCUCGACAAAUACGGCGUCGUCGUCGAUCUCAUCUCCACUUCCGAAGUGCACGUAUCUAUGGCGAUGGCUGCCGGCCUCCGGCCUCGAACGCUGGAGAAAGUCAAGGCGGAUUUGCAAAAGGUGGGCACCGUUAGUGUACUAAAAGAUAUGGCGAUUCUGAGUUUGGUAGGCAAACAUAUGAGAAACAUGGUCGGUGUAGCAGGGAGAAUGUUCACUGUCCUCGCCGAAGGGAAUGUGAAUAUCGAGAUGAUUAGUCAAGGCGCAAGUGAGAUUAACAUAAGUUGUGUAUUGCAUGAAAAGUUGGCGGUAAAGGCACUAAAUUUGAUCCAUUAUAGUGUUUUGGAGGUUAGUCCAAAGCCGAGUAAUAGUGAGGCUGGCGCUUUUGGUAGGAGUUUCUUCUAG